CUCACUUACCCUCAACUGAAAGCUGAUCGAACAUGAGUGCACGCGACACGCCCAAUUCGUCGAAGAGCGGUGGUCAAGCUCGUAUGGAAGUUGAAGAUGACGAGGAACCGCACCGUCCUGAUGUUUCUCUCGCUGGGGUUGCGUGGGAUGAGCCAGAGCAAGAGGAUGAGCAUAAACUCAUCAACGAAGAGUAUAAAGUCUGGAAGAAGAACACUCCAUUUCUCUAUGACGCCCUAGUCACGCAUGCACUCGACUGGCCAUCAUUGACAUGCCAGUGGUUUCCAGAUAAGGAAAACCCCCCAAACAAACCAUAUACCGUGCAACGCCUUCUCCUUGGAACGCACUCAUCUAAUCAAGCGCGAGAGUACCUCCAGAUUGUUGAGGUACAAUUUCCAAAGGUUCUUGAAAAUGGGAAGUCAGUGCUAGAUAGUACAGACUAUGAUGAUGAGAAAGGCGAGCUUGGCGCUCACGGUUCACGGGAAGCUCGCAUACGCGUUACUCAAAAAAUCAACCAUCGGCACGAAGUUAACCGCGCACGUUACAUGCCUCAAAAUCCCGAUAUCAUUGCCACGCAGACCACGAUGGGCGAUAUUUACAUAUUCGAUCGCACUAAACACUCCAACCAUCCUGAUGCGGACGGGGAGUGCCGACCUGACAUCGUCUUGCGUGGGCAGACGCGCGAAAGCUAUGGAAUGAGCUGGAAUCCAUUGAAGAAAGGGCACAUUUUAAGUGCUUCAUACGACACUGGUGUCUAUGAAUGGGAUUUGCAACAGUAUUCAAAGAUGAGCGGAAAUAUUGAGAGUGUGAGGAAGUAUGAAGCUCAUUCAGAGCAAGUGGAGGACGUCUCUUGGAAUCGGCACAAUGAUUACUUGUUCGCAUCCGUUGGAGACGACAAGAUGUUAUAUAUUUGGGACUCCCGCGCCCCCAAUAAACCCAUUCAGGAUUGUGUGGCCCAUGAUCAAGAUGUGAAUGCUGUAGACUUCAACCCGGCAUCGGAGACUCUGCUUCUCACUGGCUCGGCUGACUGCUCCCUGGCUUUGUGGGAUCUUCGAAACAUCAAAACCAAAUUGCAUUCGUUCGAGGGUCAUCGCGGAUCCGUGAUCCUCGCAGCAUGGUCCCCCAACUACGAGACAGUAUUUGCCAGCGUUGGGGAUGAUCGCCGAGUCAAUAUAUGGGAUGUGGCGCGCAUAGGAGAGGAGCAAACUCCAGAUGAUGCGGAAGAUGGGCCGCCCGAACUUGUGUUCAUGCACGGAGGGCAUACUUCGAAAAUAUCUGAUUUUGGGUGGUCGCCCACGACACCAUGGCAGCUUUGCUCAACGGCUGACGACAACAUUUUGCAGCUAUGGACACCUACUUCCAAUGUCUGGGCUGGAGAGGCUGUUCCGAUUGAGAUAGAUGAACUCGAAUGACCAAUCCAUGAUAAGAGAAGAUAAUAAAGCGCAACAUUACUCUGCAUAUAUCGUGUACCAGUUCUGCCAUGGAUUUUUUUAAAUCUCUUUCAACGGAGGACAGACCCACCUUACAGCUCAUCUCGAGCUCGAGACGUACUGAACGGUUCGACAGGUUCCAGGCCAUCCAGCCAUUCAGUCAAGGCGGCGUUGAAUGCUUCAGGUUCCUCCAACUGGGGCCAGUGGGCCGUGCCAAGCCUCUUGACAGUGAGCUUUGAGAACCACUGGUCAGAGUGCAACAUCUGAUCCACUUCCAACCAAUCUGCAACAGGGUCCACCGUCGGCACGAGCCAGAGCGAAGGCUGUGAAAGAGUGAAAUUGCCCUGCUUAUUCUGGAAUGUGUAUGAACCAUAUCGGUUGCCAUUUGUAUAGAAUUGCAGGGUAUUCUUGAAGCCUUGAUGACGAUAGCUCUCAACCAUGUAGUCUUCUUCUUCUGUUUUCAUGAAGGGGAUCGGUGGGAUCUCUGCAACGUCCUUCCAAGCCCCCAAGAAUGAAGUGGUCGAUGUGAGAAACUCCGCGGGAGGGGGUGACUGCACAUUCCUGAGUGUGCUUCGCAAUGUACGACGAAUGUCGGCAUCCAAUUCUUCUGCUGCUCCUGUUGUGUCAUUGGCGAAGUAGACUUGAUAAGUAAGUUUUGGUAGGUACUUCGUCAGUGCUUCGAUGGGCAUGUACGGGCCAGCGGAAGGCAUGUAAGGUACGACGGCCCCAGCAAGUUCCAGAAAACGAUCAGGUCGUUGCCUCCCAGCCUCCCAGCAUGCCUCUGCGCCCCAGUCGUGACCAACACAGACCGCAGUUUCAACACCGGCUUGAUCAAGGAUACAAGUGAAAUCGGAAACAAAGUCUUCCAUUUGGGAUGAAGACUGAACAUCCCCGGGGUGCCCUGACUGGCCAAACCCACGGAGAUCCGGAACAAUCAAAUGGUAGUCAUUCUCGAAUUCCAGGAUCUGGUUGGACCAGGUACUCCAUAGAGAUGGCCAGCCAUGGACGAGGAGAAGAACCCUCUUGGCAUUGGGGGGAUUAACCUCCACAUACUUCAGGUCAAUAGUCUUCGACAGAGGUGGGGAAACCGAACGAUCGAAUGCUGGACAAGAUGCUGUUUGCUGAGUGUAUGCGCGUGGGUCAAAAGAAGGCUUUGCUGAUGCCGGCUCAUCAGCACAGACAGCAAGGAGGAUAGAAGCAAAGAGCGC